AAUUUUGCUUUAUGGUGCAAUAAAUUAGCCAAUAAAAAAUCUGGGAAGAUUUAUACUGAUAAAGAAUUGCAGGACAUAAUGAAUAUGUCCGGUUUAUCAGAUGUAACUUCAUUACCGACAAGAGAAAGUGAAAAUGAAGAGUAUAAUGUGGGAAGUGAUUGGACUGAUGACUCGGAUAUUGACAAAAAUUAUGAGCAACCCACAUCAUCUGAUGAGGAUAGUGAGGAGUUUGAUGAAAUGAAGUUUCAGAUGAGGGCAAGCAAGCUGUUCGGCCUGCUGCAAAAGCUGUGUCUCCUGCUGUCCAUGUUGUGCCUCCUUAAGACCCUGCUAGGUCUACUGUUCCCCCUGAUGAUCCUUGAUGAUCCUGCUGUGCCUGCUUCUGACCCUGUUGUGGCUACUGUUAUCCCUGCUGUGCCUCCCUCUCCGCCUGCUGCUGCUGAUGACGAUGAUGAUGAUGUUCCAAGAAUCAUCGACUUUCAAACCAGCAUGGUUAUAUCCAAAUCUGGCUUUGCGUGUAACUGUUGUCCAUGGACAUCCAUGGCAGUAAGGGUAGCAGCACGUAACAAUGCGCCUGCCUAUGCCUCAGGACCUGUACCAGAGGCAAGGAGUGCAGACACCCCAGAAUAACUGAUGAACUUGCUGCUUGGGGAUGAAAUUAUAAAUGCAAUAGUGAAGUGGACCAACCAGAUCAUUCCAAGAGAAGCAAGCCAAGUACGACUAUCACAAGGCAAGGAUGUCCCUGAUAGAACCAGACUAGCUGUGAGCACUUUUGGGGGGUACUAAACUUCAGUGGGUGCCAGAGGGACAACCACCUAGCCACAAGGGAAAUGUUUAGCCCGUAGACUGGCUCAGCAUUCAACUGUGCAGCCAUGUCAGAGGAAAGCUUCUCCUCCCUGGUCAACUGUCUGAGGUUUGAUGACAGAGUAACACGGGAGGACAGGCAUGAGACUGACAAGUUUGCACUGCCCAUUCCAUAUGUAUAUUCCCAGCAAACCAGCCAAAUAUGGAAUAACACUGGUUCUUAUACAUGACAAUAGCAGCAAGUACAUGCUGGGUGGAAUUCCCUAGCUGGGGAAACUGGGCACCAGACCCCAGGAUGGCAUAACCCUUGGCCAUCAGUUUGCCAAAGAUCUUACCAUGCUUUACCACCACACCAAUAGAAUCGUCACCAAAGACAACGGGUUUACGUCAGUGCCCUUAGCAACCGAUCUCCUGAUCAUCUGCUGCAUGACCCACGUUGGUACUGUGAGGGUUAACAAGAAGGAGAUACCUUUGGAAAUGAAGGACACAAGAAAUCGGAGGCCAGGUGCAAGUGCUUUCUUAUACACCAACAACAUGACUUUACUCUCAUACUGCAAAGACGAAUCAAGGACCAAGAAGAAAUUGGUGCAUCUCAUUUCCACAAUGCACACUCAUCCAACUAUCAUGCCGAAUGGGAAGCCUGAGAUAUAAUAUGCUUUUAUAAUGAGACCAAGGGUGGGGUCGACACAUUCGACCUGAUGUGUUCCUUCAAUGGAGUUGGUCAAAAGGCAAAAAGAUGGCCCAUGUGUCUUCUAUGGGUUGAUAAGUUGCUGUGUUAUCAACUUGUGGAUAAUAUAGUGAAAACCAGCAAAUGACGGGUGGUUCUACAAUGCCCCGGUGCAUAUAGUAUAUGCAGCAGUUGGCAAUGGCCCUUAUCAAACCAUGAGCAGAAAAGAGGUUGGUCAACAGUCCAAAGAUGUCUAUGUGACCUCAAGAAGGUUAAUUAAUGUGCUGUCUGCGACAUCCCUCUACCUGCCAGGCUGCAUAGUGAUGACUGACAGCAGAACUCGCUGCCCACUGUGUCCCAAGAACGAGGACAGGAAGACCCGACACAGGUGCACUGGCUGUGGGAACCCAGUGUCCCUUUGCCACAUCUACCCAUUCUGCGUGGAUUGUCAGCAGUAACCAAUACACAAAGUGUGUGUUGCUACCAGGAGGCUGUCAUUCCCAUAGCAGAGGCUCCUACGACCUGGAUGUGUGUGGGUCAUCGCUCAAGAAUUCACCUGUAGUUUUAGAUUUUUUAUAAUUUUUUUGGUUAUGUAGUGUAGUAAAUUUUGCUAUUUUUAGUACUCUUUUUGAGUUACCCCUUACAUAAUCACUUUGCCACAGUAUUAAAUUG